CUUCACCAUUGACUCUCGCUGUGCCGCAAAACAGAAUGUACACCCCUAUUGGAACGGUGGGUGUCGUUUUCUUUCUGUAUCUGCACCGUGUGGUCGUUCUCAGUACCGGAGAUGAAUACAUAAGAACUCUCUUCCAAGAUCCACGACACUCCUUUGCAGCACCUUGCGCUUCGCUGGUUAUAUUCGAUGCAUACCACUUUCGUUUACAUCUAUCAGCCAUUCUUUUGGGACCGUUGUCCGUUUUAAUCCUUCUCUAUCAUUAUGCGCGCAAUUGCUACUCUCUUUGCCGGAGUUGUUCUAUUUUUCUCUGGUACAUCUGCUCUACCAUUAGCAGACAUUGAAGAUGUCGAGCCGGACUAUAGCGUUCAAUCGACUAGCUUUGACGGAAUUCCCACCAUAGAUCUAGAACCGGUCGUUUCGUUGACGGACGAUGGACAUCUGUCCAAGCGUCGAGAUGCCCUUGAUCUGAGGGAUGCGGUCACGCUAUAUUGGAAACAAAACAAAGCAAAUGCUAUCCUUCAAGUCGAGUACUUGGGGGAGAAUGAGCUCGUCAUCAAUAUGGAUGACUUCGGCGACGUCCUAGAAAAUGUCGACUGUAGUCCCCCGGAGAUGAGUCUCGAUUUUAAAGACCGAGAAUCUUUUGAAGCCGCAAUUACCAAGUGGAAUUGGGUGAACGAAAACGAAAACCGUCACUUCAUCAUGUUUGUCAACCAUCCGAAAUGCGGACCCGACCAUUCUCGCACCCCUUUCAACAUCACUGACGUUGACUAUGACGAGGAGAGGUACAUCACCUAUCUCACCGCUCAUGAGCUGGAAUAUUCUCGGGCCAUUCAUGAUGGCCACCUCCGCAUUGAGACGACUGCCGCACCGACGAAUCAGACAAACAAUGGAUACAGCACGACACUCAGUAAGCGGAUUGAUAUUUCGAAAUCGUUUUCCUUGAAGAAGGACUUCACCACCACCAUGAUAGACACGGGGGAUGCUACCAGUGGCUUGUCUUUAGCUUGUACAGACUGCGGGACCGAUGGAACGAUAAACGUAGCUCUCGAUGUCAAGAUUUCCUGGUUUAAGAUCAAGCAUGUCUUCAUCGAAUACGGUGCGACCAAUGCGCUCGCACGAGUUAAUCUGGCUCUCAAUUCUCGUGGGGACUUGGUAGCCCGCCAAGCCGGGACGGUUGAAUUCUACAGCUACACCAUCAUUGGCGUCAAUAUCCCGAAGAUCGGAGGCCUCAGCUUUGGUCCGUCGAUGGGUGCGGGUUGGGCGGUGGGUCCGAUUAAGGGGAAUGCUUCGAUGACUUGGGGAGCCACGGCUCAACUCACGCCUGUUUCGAACACCAAGAUCUGUCUUAAAGGGUGUGAGAGCUCAAGUGAAGGAUGGCAGGUCGAAUGGAUCAAGACGCCCCCCUCAGCCACGGCCCAUCUCUCCGCAGGACUCGAGGUAUCUACGUACCUAAAAAUCGCCGCAGGAGCCUAUGUCUUCAGCACAGGCUACGAAGCCGGCAUUGCCCUGAAAGCCCCCCAGUUCAAAGCGACGAUCGACGCAACCGCCAGCCCUGAGGGAGGGGCGUGCGGGAAUCCCGAUAGCCGGUUUGGGAUCAACACGGAUAUCGAAGUCGGGGCGAAGAUGUUCGCAUAUAUUGGAAAGGAUCAUGAGCAUCCGGCGAAGGAGUUUAAUUUCUUUGAGAAGAUGGUGGAUUUGUAUGAUCAAUGUUUUGUUAUCUCGUAACGGCACAGGUACCUGGCGUGUUAAGGCUGUUAUACCCACCGCUGAUAUAGGCA